CAGAUUGGAAACAUCCGCCAUCUACUGGAAACUCGAAUAGCUAGAAAUAUCGGAUGUUUUUGUUGAACCCAGUCGGGCAGUCGAUUCGCCUUGGUCCGUUACUUGCUGAUUCGCAUACGUUGGCGUGCGUCUUUAUGCUUCUCUGCAUGGUUACUCCGUAAACGGUUGUAAUAAGAGGUUAUAAAUAUGAGUAAUAUUUACAUACUAGAACCGCCUACAACAGGCAAAGUGGUAAUGAAAACAACAGUUGGUGAUAUAGACCUGGAAUUAUGGACUAAGGAAACUCCCAAGGCUUGCAGAAAUUUUAUACAGCUUUGCAUGGAAGGUUAUUAUAAUGAGACGAUAUUUCACAGAAUUGUAAAAGGUUUUAUAGCGCAAGGUGGGGAUCCAACAGGAACUGGAGAAGGUGGUGAGAGUAUAUAUGGACAUCCUUUUAAGGAUGAAUUUCAUACAAGAUUACGUUUUUGUCGGAGAGGGUUGCUUGCUAUGGCUAAUGGUGGCAAAGACGACAAUGGUUCUCAAUUUUUCUUCACCCUCGGGGCAACACCUGAGUUGCAAAAUAAGCAUACUAUCUUUGGAAAAGUCACUGGUGAAACAAUUUACAAUAUGCUCAAGUUGGAAGAUGCACUUGUAGAUAAAAAUGACAGACCUCAGUAUCCACAGAAAAUUUUAAAAACAGAGGUCUUGAAUAAUCCAUUUCAUGAUAUUGUUCCGAGAAUAAUAUCUGAAAAGAAGGAGCACAGUAAAGAAAAAAAGAAGAAGACUGGUGUAAAGAAUUUUAAACUAUUGUCAUUUGGAGAAGAAGCUGAAGAAGAUGAAGAGGAGUCGUCAGUUUUAAAUAAACAAUAUAGUGGCAAAGGAAAAUCAGCGCAUGAUUGCUUAUCCGAUCCAAAGUUAAGUUCGCUACCUGUAAUCGAACCUUCCGGACCACCAAGUAAAAAAAUCAAAGAAGAUUGCAGCAGUGGUGAGAGUGAUGAUGAAACACGAACUCCGGAAGUAUUGGCAGCUUUAAAAGAAGAAAAAGAAGCUAUGAGAGAGAGAAUCAAGAAUAAGUUGAAAGAUUCUAAAAUAAUUUCCCAAUCAAAAGUAAAACUCGAAGAAGAUAAAAUCAAAGAUGAAAAUAUAAAUGAAGAUGCAGAAGUCGAGGUAUAUUAUUUGGGAAAAGAUCGAGAAGAAGAACGAAAGAAAAAAGCAGAAGCGAUAAGAAAAGAAAUACGUGAUCUAAAGCGCAGUGUACAAAACGAGAGGAAAGCGAAGGAGACGGAUCGGAAGCAACAAACCAAAGAGGAAGAAAAUAAGUCUGAAAUAAUGAAAGAAUAUAUGGAAACACGGGAACAAUAUAAAAAAGCGGAGGAAAAAUUGCCUAAGAAAGGCAAAAUGCGCGACAGUUUUGCAAUAGAAUUGUUGAAUCAAUUCAAAAAUAAACUUCAAAACGCCAAGGAGCACAUGAAGGAUAAUACUAUGAGUUCUGAUAAGAAGACAUCAAACGACACUGAAGAAGAUGAUCCUCACGAUAAAUCUUGGUUGACGCAUGCUUUGCAUUGCGAGGACAAGGCACCGGUGCUCGCCAAGGAUGCCAGCACAAAGGACGACGAUUGGUUCGAAAUCUACGAUCCUCGGAAUCCGUUGAAUAAACGACGAAGAGGAGAAAAAUCCAAUAAAUCUAAGGAAGACAAAGGUGAUAGAAGUUAUUCUCGUCAUAAGAAUAAUUUAUAAUUGUUAUAUGAUAUAACUGAUUAUUUUAAUUACACUGAAACUUUUAAACAGAGCACCUUGAAAUAGCGUGCAAAGUUCUCCUCCAUUUGCACUUGACGUAUGUGAGUAGCGUGGAGUGAGAAUAGUGAUACAACCGUUAUUUACGUGUUUUGCGGUUACCUUGUAUUUGUAUUUAUCUUGUAUUGUAUUUCAAAUCAUGCUCUAUUAGGAGAUUCUGGUGUAAUAUUAAAUACUUAGGUAUUUAAUUUUACUAAUUAGUAUACAAUAAGUGUCUAUAAAAAUUAAAACUUAUGUAUACUAUAUAAAAAAUUGUAUACUAUGUAAAAAAUUAUGUAUAUUAUAUUUUAUUAAGAUAAACUUUUUGAAUAUUUCUAUUAUUUUUUAAAUUUAUAUACAAAUAUAUAGUAUGAUAGCAAGAGUUCUUUUGAUGUUAAUGAUCAAUAAAAUGUCGCAAUUUUUUUUUCAUUUAAUUAACUGCAAUUGAAUAAUGUUAUCUAAUUCUUUGAUUUUUUAUUAUGCUUAUUUUUAUGCGGUGCGUUUUACGUUCAACCAAAAUUGUCGAUUUAAUCAUUGUCGGUAAUGUAUUUGUUAAAUAUCUAUAUGUACAUAUGAAAGAAAGAGGAAACCGACAGCUUUCCUGAUGUAAGAUUCCAUUGUUUAUUUCGAAAAGCGGGCAGAUUACUGCGGCACAGUUAUGCGUUAUUACGUCUUACAUAUGUGAUAAGUGCGACAACAGCAUUAGAUGCGCGUGAGAAAUCCUAUGCAAAUAAACCGUCAAUUGGGGCAUCUUUAAUUCGCGUGCAUUAAAGCGCCGAUAAGACGUUGAUACAAAGCACAGCGGAUUCGUUCGCAGAUUCAGUCGAUCUGUCGGUGGCGACCGAUACGCAUCGCGCGUUUUGUUUGAUCUCGCGAUAACGGAUCGAAUCGUAAUUAACGUAUCAUCACGCCGCUGAAAGAAUUUUUUUUUUUUAGAUAAGCGAGUUUCGUGAAGGCUUGUUGAAAGGCGACACCUUGUAUAAAAUUGUUUUCUCAUCGAAGAAAGUGUGAUUAAUAGUUCGGGUGUAGAUUAAUGCGCGAAGUCAGGAAGUUAUUUCAACAGAAUUGAAAUUUACCAUAUGCGUUAACUUUGCGAUAAAUUCCUGAUAUUACAAAAGUGAGAGUGAAGCUGCAAUUAACAUUUUUAUUUGCAAGUGUGAUUAUCCAAUCAAAUGAUAUUAUACAUAUAACAUGAUCGAAUGCGAAAAGUAAAUAUAGGCGUAGUGCGUGCUUCAUAAAGGAAUUUUAUUUGUUUGUCUCACGGGAGGAAAAAGUUCUGGCUGCGACUUCUUGAGUCUUGAACGAGCAGGUCUAUGCAAUCUUUUAAGAAAGAUGUCAACGACACCUUUAAGAAUAGGUACAUAUCCCUGCUAGUAAGAAUCUUCGUCGAUGAUCUGUCAUUACUCUCUACAUUAAUACGUGCCUUUAAUACGUUAUCAAUGAGGAUGAUAGUGCAUUAUGGAAACAACGUAGACGCAAGUGCUACUGCGCAUAAAAUACGCAACGCGUCUGAUUUUUUGUUGCACCUUGAACGACGACAAUAUUUAUUUGUACUUUGCAGAAGUGCGUUUUAACGAUACUUCUUUUUUUCUAGCGGAAACUCGUAAAUAUACGUGUCUUCCUUUAUUUAAUUGUAAAAAGAAAUGUUCGAUUAAACAAUAAGGAAGAAAGAAAAUGCUAGCGUAUUCUCUAUAAUUAUAAAAUAAAGCAAUAAAGAUUUUUCGGUAUAUUGUGUAGCGUUUUUCAAUGGCUUUAGUAUGAACUUUUUCUGUAUAGCAAUGAGAGAAAAGGUUGCCUUUGAAAAGGCGGCACAUUCAUUCUGUAAUCGCGCAUUCUUCUUUAAUGUAGCUCAUUUAAUCGUAAUAGUAUCUACAGAUACGUGUGUGCCGCCCUCGCAAGAUGUACAGAUUGGUUUUAUUUUUAAAUUUCUUGACUUGGCUGGCCAUGACUUUAGCAGCACGUGUUCUACGCUCGAAUGAUUCUUUCUUUCCACAAACGCAAGACGCACAACGCGAUAUAAGCCAGCUAUGAGACUAUGCUUCUUUCUAUUUAUAAAUUUGUUUUAAGGCGAAGCGUAGACGCGGAAUUGUUUCAACUAGAAAAAAACACUUUAAAACAAUAAAUUCGUCACAACGAAGAGUUCAAAAAAAGAUUAAUUAUCAGUUAAAAUUAUUUUACUUGUAAUAUAUCAUUUUCAUAUUAGAUAUGGGUCAUUAGAGCCAAUUUAAUUAGUCGAUAUGGGAAAUUUGCGUCUUUUUAAUCUGAAUUAAGCAUGAGCUCUCAUAUAACAUAGUUCCCGAUAAUGAAGAAAAUUGUUGUAAACCGUUUAAUUUGUUUCAUCGUUAACACUUUAAUUUUUAUGUUUUGCUCAAGCCGUCUGGGUAAAUAAUGAUCUCCCUAUCCAUUCCACAAAAAAAAGAGUUAUCAAUGCGAUAUGUGAUAAGUUAUCGAGAAGAGUAUCAUGCUAUAGAUCGGGUCAUCGUUUUGUUGAAGUAUAAAGGUGAGACUGAUGACCUCUUGAGUAUCAAAUCUGGCAUCAUGCGAGAUUCUCGUAACGACCAUUCGCGUUUCUCCCGUAAAAUCGUCGAGUAUAAUCUGCGUUGUUCCGAUUACUUACACGUAUUUCCCUUUAAGUAUAAUCCGCUGUGGCGAUUUUCAAAUUUUCUAGCGAUUUACUUAGUAUUAUGAAAUAUUAUAAACAAAUUGCGUAAUAAGUGUCACGCAUUCUUAACUCGAUACUAAAAUUAAAUUACUUUUUGAUUGACGCAAA